CACUGAGCUGGCACUCCAUUCUCGUGAGCAAUGGCGGCGAUGAUCUCCACCGGCUGCUCUCUCCGCGGUGACGCCGGCGCUGGCGUCGCCGUGCAAUCCUCUUUAUCCUCUUCAGCUUCUUCCUUUUCCGGUUGUCUCAUCCGGCUACCUUCCUCUCCGGCUCGUCUUGCUCCCUCUCCCUUCCGGGUCUCAUGCGUGAUGGCUUCUCCAUCCGCCAUCGGGGAUCAAGCAAAAACAGGGCUCAAGGAUUUUCUCCAUAUUAGUGAUUUUGACAAGCCAACAAUUAUGGGCAUCCUAGGUCGUGCUUUGGAGGUGAAGGCAUUGUUGAAAUCAGGAAAUAGGGAUUUCCAACCAUUCAAAGGUAAGUCGAUGGCAAUGAUUUUUGCUAAGCCAUCUAUGAGAACUCGGGUCUCAUUUGAGACUGGGUUUUUCUUGCUUGGUGGUCAUGCCAUAUACUUGGGACCUGAUGAUAUCCAAAUGGGCAAGAGGGAGGAAACCCGUGAUGUUGCUCGAGUUCUUUCUGGUUAUAAUGACAUUAUUAUGGCCCGUGUGUUUGCCCAUCAGGACAUUCUUGAUUUAGCAAGACAUGCUUCAGUGCCUGUGGUCAAUGGCCUGACUGACUAUAACCACCCAUGCCAAAUAAUGGCUGAUGCACUUACAAUCAUUGAACAUAUUGGCCAAUUGGAGGGGGCCAAGGUUGUUUAUGUUGGAGAUGGAAACAAUAUUGUGCACUCAUGGCUUCUGCUUGCCGCUGUGGUUCCUCUUCAUUUUGUUUGUGCAUGUCCAAAAGGCUUUGAGCCUGAUAAGAAGACUGUCGAGCAGGCAAGAAGGGCAGGCAUAAGCAAGAUAGAAAUAACCAAUGAUCCUAGGGAAGCCGUAAGGGGAGCUAAUGUGGUGUAUUCAGAUGUAUGGGCUAGCAUGGGCCAAAAGGAGGAGGCUGCUUAUAGAAAGCAGAAGUUCCAAGGGUUUCAGAUUGAUGAAGCCCUGAUGGAACUAGCUGGACCAAAAUCAUACUUCAUGCAUUGUUUACCUGCAGAAAGAGGAAUAGAAGUCACCGAUGGGGUCAUCGAGGCGCCUAAUUCAAUCGUCUUUCCUCAAGCUGAAAACCGCAUGCAUGCUCAAAAUGCCAUUAUGCUGCACUUGUUUGGCCUGUGAACAUCUCACACAAAAAGAAAACCAUAUCCUGAAUUUAGACAGGCUUUGUCAUCCUCCUGUAAUUUUCUUAGUUUCUUAUUUUGACAUGUAAUCCUGAUUGAGAUAUCCAAUUAUUCUCGAGUUUGUUUAAAAUAAAUUGCUAUGCCAAUGCAGAUCUCCGUUCAGAUA